AUGGCAAGGGAGGCGAUGAACGCGGAGGCGCUCGCGGCGGGGAUCGCGGGGAACCUCUCCGCGGCGACCCCCGGCACCCUCGAGGGCGGCGGCGCCGCGGCUGCUUCGGAGGCGCCGGUGGUUUACGAUAUCCCCGAAAGUCUUGGGGAAGGAAUGCCGACGAUGCGCCCGGAGGACGCCGCGGUGUUUGUGGAGCUCUUGAAAUACCACAACGUCGACCCCAUCCCGGAUGAGAACCUGCCCUCCUAUUUGUUGAUGAAGAAUCUGUUCAAAAUCAUGAACGGCGACGCGAGCCAGCGUCGUAGCGGGACGCACUUUUUACUCGAAAAGUCCCGUCUUUUGGGGAUCAACUUCAUCCUGCAGCGGAUGUUCACGAUUUGGAGUGCGAACAUCAUGGGGUUGAAGGAGACGCACAACUUUAUCGACUUCAUCAAGGCCCUGAUCGCGCACCUCGGGGUCGGGGUGCGGGGCUCCACGAAGGAGGUCAUCCACCUCAUGGAGCCGCUGCUCUCCGCGCAGGAGCCCGCGACGCGGGAGGAUGGCCGGCAGGUCCUCCUCCUCCUCACCCGCGUCGUCGGCUACCAGGCGAUGUUCGACGCGAUCAAGAUCGACUUCGCGCACGAGGAGAGCAUCGUUCGACGCCAUACCGCGAGCGUGGCGGCGUUGGUGGGGUUCGCCGUCGGCGCCGAACCCCUCCUUCCCGCGCUGCGCGAUCUCUCCUACGCCCCGACGGCGCUCGCACGGCAGACGGUGGCGAGAGUGAUCACAGAACUCGCUGGGUUAAUCGGCCACGGGUUGAUGCCUUUUCUCGCCGACGUGGUGGCGAUUCUCGAGCGGUUGAUUCGGGAUGAAAAGCGGGUACGCAACGACGCGGCGCUCGCCGUCGCGGCCGUCGCCGAGGCCGUCGCCCCGUACGGGAUCCAAGACCUCGCGCCCGUCGUGGAGGUGAUCACGGAGGUCUGUCGGAAGGGGAUGGGGAUCUCCAACGCGCCGUAUUUGAAAGCCUUUGGCGCGCUCGUCCCUUUGAUGGCGCCGUACGACGCGGAGGCCCGCACCUCCGCGAUGAUGCCGACCCUUGUGAAUCAAUUCAACACCCCCGAGGCGGAGUACCGCCGGGUGUUGCUGCAGGUGGUGCGGAAUUGCGUCUCUGCGGAUGGCGUGACCGCCGCGUUCAUUCGCGAAGUCAUCCUCGAGCCCUUCUUUGAAGGGUUUUGGCAGGUCCGCCAGGUCGCGGCGGAUCGAAAGACCUCCGCGAUCCUCAUCGACACGACCGUGCAGCUCUCGCGGAAACUCGGGAGCGUCGACAUCCUCCUGAAGCUCGUGCGGGAUAUGAAGGAUGAGAACGAGCACUACCAGCGGAUGGUGAUCACCGCGGUGCGGUGCGUCGUCGAGGCGGCAGGGACGGCCGCGGCGGAGGAUUCCUUGGUGGCGUUUUUGCUCGACGGCGCGAUCGCGGCGGUGCGGCAGGAUGAGGUGGGCACCAACCGCGUCGUCUCCGCCGGGUUGGCGGCGAUUUGCAACUCCCUCGGGCCCCGUCUGCGGCCGUAUUUGAAGCAGCUCUUCGACCUGAUUAACCGCCGCCGGGAGAGCCGGGAGGGGCCGGUGCGGGCGCAGGCCGCGGGGCUCAUCGCGAGCAUCGCGCACGCCGUCGUGCUCGCCGAGGGCGUCAUUUUCUUGCAAGACGUUGGGCGGAGCUUGUACGAGCGCUUAGAGGAUGACAACGCGCACGCCUUGAGCGCGAAUUUGCGCGCAACCCGGGCCCUUCUGCACGAGCUCGGCUCCCGCAGCUACAAGCCCUCCGUCCGGGAGCUGCUGAAGAAGAUGACCUUUGUGAUCAAGAACCGCUACAACAUCGUGCAGCAAAACGCCAUCGCGCUCAUCGAGGAUAUCGCCACGCACCACGAGGACGACGUCGAGGCGAUUCAUCUCUACGAACUGGCGACCAAAGGGCUUUUCGAGCUACUUGAUGCGGAGCGUCGGGAGACGCGGCGGGCGUGCACCCGCACCUUCGGCAUCAUCGCCCGUGUGAUUCGCCCGUUCGCGAUUAUCCUCGAGCUGGUCGACCAGCUCAGCCAGGAUAAGCGAAAGAUUCGCGUCUGCACCGCCGUGGCGCUGGCAUCGAUCGCGAAGGAGUGCGGCCCCUUCACCGUCAUCCCCUACCUCCUUAACGAGUAUAAACUGAGUGAGGGGAAGCAAGUCGCCGUUAUUGUGCAGCACGCCAUCUUAAAAGCCGUUCGCUACAUCUUUCAGAGCAUCGGCCCCGCGGGAAGGGACUACGUUCACGCUCUCAUCCCACUCCUCGAGCGCUCUCUGACGGAGACGAGUAUUCAGAUGCGGCGAAUGGCGGUAGAGGCCUGCCAGGCCGUUAUCUUCUCCGUCGCCGGGCAGAACGAUUUUGAGGACGUUGCGAUACACUUUUUGAAUUUCAUUCAUCCCAACAUCGUGGAGUUGAUUUCCAAAAACGAAACGCAGAUCUCCGGCGAACGGCUGAAGAUGGUCACGGCGGUAGUAAGUUAUUACGAGGCCGCACGGCUGGUGCUCGGAUCUGGGAGGUUGCUCCAGUAUUUGCUGCAAGGACUCUUUCACCCAGCGAAGAAGGUGCGCGAUAUUUACCGUCGCACGUAUAAUAUGAUCUACAUGGGCAGCCCUGAAGGCCUUGUACCAUACUAUCCGCGUUUGAGCCAUGACGAAAGCCACACUUUUGAGCGGUACGAGCUGGAGAUUUUGGUUUAG